AUGAAGCUUCCAUACAACCGCCCUCACUUCUUUGAGUUUCACGAUCAGCCUUGGUGUCCGCCGACUGUGACUGCCCAAGCCCAAGCUAUUCUCACUUUUCUCUGGACACAUCGGAUACCGCCAUUUCAGUCUCGUGCACCCUACCACGGGGCUGCAGAUGUGCUCAGUGGGCUGAUACGUGAAUUGGAAGGGGACAAGAAGGCCCAGGAGAAGGGGAAAGGGAGGCUGAAGGUGGUCGACUGCUGUUCAGGAGCUGGAGGACCGAUACCGGCAAUCGAGAGGGUGGUCAACAAGCAAAGGGUUGACUCUGGUCUCACUCCGAUUCCGUUUGUGCUGUCCGAUCUGAAUCCUCAUCUAUCAUCCUGGGCCAAAGCCACGGCAACGUCAACAUCCAACGCAUUGUCCUUCAUCCCCUAUCCAGUAGACGCAACCCAUGCUCCUGCCGAGUUGACUAGAGAACGGCACAUCCGGACGUUUUGCUUAAGCUUUCAUCACUUUAACGAGGACGCGGCGAGGAAGAUCAUUCAGGAUGCGAUCAAAGGAGCGGACGCCUUAUGCAUCUUUGAGCUUCAGGAACCCCGAUUGGAGAGCUUGUUGGAGCUGCUCGCCAUCUUCCCCUUGGUCUUUCUUGUCACGCCAUUCACCAAGCCGACUAUCUCCAUCUUGAUUCUCACCUACAUCCUCCCUGUCUUACCCUUUCUCAUGGUCUUUGACGGGCUGGUGUCGGCCUAUCGUACUCGAUCACUAGAGCACGUCCGUUAUCUGGCCAACUUGGCUAACCUGACUCUCAACCUUGAGGGCAAUGAUGUCUCAGAAUGGAGCUGGAAUGAGGGUAGGCGGAGACAUACCUGGCCCAGUGGCAAGAUGUAUUGGAUCAUAGGGAAGAGGGAAUCAGACGGAUCAUCAUCAUGGUAG